AUGGGCAAGUUGGAAUCGUCUCCGGAGUAUUACAAAUCUUAUGAUCACUACCUUCCAUGGCAUGCCCAUAUCACGGCCCUCACGGUUGCGCCAGAGGCUCGUCGACAGGGCAUAGGUAAAAUCUUGACCGAGCACCUUGAGGCUGUUGCGGAAGCCAAUAACGCCUGGUUCGUCGACUUAUUUGUCCGGAAGAGCAACCAUAAGGCCAUUGCGUUUUACAAAGGCAUGGGGUAUAGUGUUUAUCGUGUUGUUAAGGACUAUUAUGGGGACCACGCGUCAGACCCAACCGCGUCGAGCGAGGAUGCAUUUGACAUGAGGAAGCCCAUGCAACGUGAUCGGAAUAGGCAGCAUCAGAAUCUCGAGGAGGAGGCCGGUUCCAAGAGCGUUACGAUGAUCGCCGCCGUGGAGGACACGGCUCAUACGGUCGUGAUGAUCCCUACAGAUAUCGCGGUUACGAUCGUCGGAAUGACGACCGUGGCUAUGACCGGGGCUACCGUGAGGAGCGUGGUGGAUAUGAGCGCGGAUAUGACAGGGGUAAUGAUAGGACGCAAGAGCGUGGUUAUCGUGACGAGCGUACUUAUGAUCGCCGAGAGCGAGACGACGGUUACGGUCGUGUUGACAGGUAUGGCGGUCGUGAGGAUCGCGAGAGGUAUGGACCUCGAGGCGGUGGUGGAGACGACCGUCGCGGGCCUAGCUACGAUCGUGAGCGAUAUGAUCGCCCUAGUGACCGGGAGGGUGCUCGGCCUCGUGAUCCCCCUCCAUCUGAUUUGCGGUGCCCCGUAA